AUUUUGAUUGCAUAACACGAAUCUAUCGGGCCGACCUGACUAGGCCUACACGAAAUUGGAAACUUGGCAAAGCAAAACCAAUGAAUUUUGCAAAAAUGUUAUCACCUUUAAAGCAUCCCGGAAGGCUAUGGACUUGUUUACAUUAUCUACGGAUUCGACAUUUCGGAAUUUCAGCUUCUGCAAGGACAAAAGCUUCAAGGGACAGAAGUAUUCCUCAGAGGUAUAUUGGACAACCUACCUCCUACACCCACAGGCACCUGUUGAGAGAUGAGGAGAUCACUCCAGGUAUAACCUCACAGGAGUUCAGGAGACGGAGACAGUAUCUUAUGUCGGCCAUCAAGAAAUCAAUGUAUGGUGAUUGCCCCAACCAUGUUGCUGUUAUCUUAGCAACAGACACCAAGUACAUGACUGACGAGAUUCCCUAUCCAUUCCGCCAGAAUACAGACUUCUUGUAUCUUUGUGGUUUCCAGGAACCUUCAAGUGCCUUGGUCCUGGAGAGCACUCCAGGGAGUUCUCUUCCAGAUCAUAAGGCAACUCUCUUUGUACCCCAGCGAGAUGCUGAUAGAGAACUAUGGGAUGGCCCAAGAGCAGGGGUUGAUGGAGCAAUUAGUUUCAUUGGAGUUGACAACGCCAAUGUGAUCAGUGACUUGAGCGAGUACUUAGAUCAGUAUGCCUCCAGGGACAAGCUUGUUGUUUGGUAUGAUGUCUUCAGGAAUGUCAACAGUCAGUUGCACAAGGAGGUUGUUGGUAAUCUAGUGACUCCUUGCAGGAACAAAGGCCACACUGUGAACAUUCUUCAGCAGCUUAUGCACUCUAUCCGUGUCAUCAAGUCUCCUGCAGAGAUCAAACUGAUGCGCGAGUCUUGCAGCAUUGCUUCUCAUGCCUUAAUUGAUGUGAUGCGCUUCACAAAACCAAACAUCGACGAAGCCCAUCUGUAUGCAAAAAUGGACUUUGAGGUAAGACUGAAUGGAGCAGAGUUCCUAGCUUAUCCCCCUGUUGUUGCAGGAGGGAACCGGGCUAAUACAUUGCAUUAUGUGAAGAACAAUCAGAUUGUUGAAGAUGGAGACAUGGUGUUGAUGGAUGCUGGCUGCGAGUACCAUGGUUACGCCAGUGAUAUCACAAGAACAUGGCCAGUCAAUGGAAGGUACUCUGAUGCCCAAGCUAGUGUUUACCAGUCAGUUCUAGAUGUUCAACAGGAGUGCUUGGACAUGUGUGAGGUGGGAACUACACUAGACCAGAUCUAUCAUCGUAUGCUGGAUGGACUAGGCCAGAAACUUCAGGAUCUGGGCAUUGUGCCAAGAUCAAUGAAUAAUGCAGAGCUUAUAAGGGCAGCCAAGAAAUACUGUCCUCAUCAUGUUGGGCACUACUUAGGAAUGGACACGCAUGACACCCCUCGGGUAUCCCGUAGCAACCAGCUGCAGGCAGGGAUGGUCAUCACGAUUGAACCAGGACUCUACCUUCCUGCAAACGACAAUGACAUACCUCAAGAGCUGAGAGGGAUUGGUAUCAGGAUUGAAGAUGAUGUCUUGAUCAGAGAGGGCGGUGCGGAGGUCCUUACUGCUGAAUGCCCAAAGGAAAUGUCCCAAAUAGAAAGUAUUAUGGGUGGGAAUUCAUGACAUAAUAGAUCAUGAAUUGAAUUAAUGAGCAAUUAUGAAACAGUACUACGUGAACAGUAGUUGACUUUCAAUUUUCAAAAUGUAUACAUAUUGUUCUCCAAUUAUUCAUUAUUUCCAGUAGAGAAAGAGCCAUAUUGAAUAGGAGACAAAUCAACUGCCUCCAUAUACAUAAUUUGAUGGUAUUUUCUUUCUCCUGGAAAUAAAAUGAAUUUGAAAACAUGUAAAUAUAAAGCUUUUUUUUUUAGGUUGCUUUCAGUUUGCCUUUUUAACAUGCAAAAUGAAAUUGGAUUCAAAGUGUGCUUAUUCAUUGAUAAUGGUCUUACCAAAUUUCUCAGGAAAAGAGCAAUAAUAACCUUGAAUAAAAAUUAUGAGGGAAUUUAGAUAAGAGCACAAUCAAGGAUUUGUCUUUGAUAGUUAAGAUGUCAAUUUGUUUUCUUUUUUUCGAAGAAAGAAAAAACUCUAUUGAAUAGUAUUCUUUAUUUUAUCUUCCACCUAGAAUCAUUUUGGAUAAAUUAAUCAAUGAUACAUAAUGAUUUACCCAUCGAUCAAAGUCUAUGCACAAAAUACAUUUUCACCAUGGAUAAUGAUAAUCAUAAUUGCUUGUGAAUGUGAUAUUAAAACAAUGUUUCUAUAUUGAAGGAUAUUUCUGGAAUUCAAAGAAAUUUAGAUCUUGCAAGUUAAAUCAGCUUCCAGGAAUGUCAGGGAAAUCCAGAAAUUAGAAUGUACAGAUUUUUUUUGUAUGUGACAAUUUUAGUAUUAAUGAGGUAUAUAAAAAUACUUGGCUCUUUUUGUAGUUCAUAUUUUUGGAAUUUUAUGCAUUAUGCUUAUUGCUUGCAUUAUUGAUUUUGUCCCUAGAUUUCUAAUCACUGUGUCUUCUUCAGGCUUGCUGUGUAUUUGUCCACAGUUUGUUUAUAUGAAAAUAAAUUUGCAUAUUACCCUGGGAAAGUCUGGAUUCAUUUUGAGAUUUUCUUUUUGAGCCGUGGAAAUACUAUCAAUUUCAUAGAUAUGUCCAAACUCACAUCAAAAUGGAUAUAUUUCAGCUAUUAUUAGAUUUGUAGUAGUUUCUUCCUAGAUAGUUAACAGAUUUUACUGCAAUUUGUGGAGAGCUGUGGCCCAGUGGGUCAGUAUACAAGGAGCACUUAUGCAUGAGAGUGAUGGUACAAGAUUUCGCACGAGAUGAAAUAAAGAUGCUCUGCUCAACAAGGCAUAUACCCGAGUUGGAUAGAGUGUCCCUUUCACUGAAUGUGAAAUAUUGCGCCAUUGCACGAAUAAGAAUAUUAUCUAUUUGUGUUGUACAACGCAUCAGAAGU